AUGUCAUAUAAGAAGUUUGUAAAGCAGACUUAGAAUCAUCUCAAUUCUAAAUAAUAGUCUGCAAUAAGUCUGGGACAGGAAAGCAUUUAACCUGCAACUAAUUAACUAUUAGAAUGGAAAGGCUUCACACAUCAUUUUAUUGCUAAAAAAUUAAACUAGGCACUUGAAAAGAGUAAGAAGUCCAGAGAUGUUACCCUAAAUGUGAAUAAUCAAAAUUUCAAUGGCAUUGGAAACAAGAAUAAUCUUUUUAGUAGCAGCAUUAAUGUAUCAGCAACUCUGAAUAAUAACCAUAAAGCAGCAAAUAUGAUAGAGAGAGCCCUAAAAAGUUAGAACAAAAAAGUAAUGAAAACUAGCUAUGGCUAGUAUAACCAUAGCAAUACCAAGGGAAUCGAUAGCGAUCAAAAGGAGAACUUUAUAGGUCAUUCUAAUAAUGAUAUGAGUCCAAGCAUUUCAAUAUAUGACUAGAGUAUGAUCAUGGAUGAGAACUCCCCUCACAAGAAUAUCAAGGAUAUAGGCACUGGGCCUGGACCAAAUGUGAGUAAUAGCUUCAUGAAUAUGCAAUAGAUGAGUGCCAGAAUGCCUUCAUCAACUUGCUUGCUUAAUGAAACUAUUAAGUAAAAGAAAUAGAUUUUUAAUCAAAGCAGGAAGCUAAAGGAUAAAAACUGUGAGGGUUGUUUGCUUGAGAGGAAAAUCCAAUAGGUGACUGAGAAUGCUUUGCAAUAGGCUGUUGACUUGGCACUAGAUUUGUAUGAUGAAUAUGAAAAGCUAAAGUAGAUGAGAGAUGAGAUUAUUGAUGGAAAGACUCAAUAACUAAAGGUGACUCAAAGUCGAAAGUAAUUUGGGAAUAAAAAAUAGAGUAUUAUGCCUGGUGGCAGUAAUCUAGGAGAUUAAACUGCAACUAUGCAGGGUAUCUAGGAAAUUUAUGCAGGAGACGUGGGAAGGAAAUCAUCCUAUGAUGAAUCUAACGGUGGAGAGAAUGAUAGUAGCGAUGAAAGCGUUACUUAAUCAAAGGAAAAGCCUUUCAAAUUCAAAUCAGCCACUAUUAACAAGUCUCCUUUCAAAAAGAUAAAAGGAUUGAAGAGUUACAAGGACUCAGUGAUAAAUUUUGAAAAUAGCACAUUAUUCAUGGAGGACUAUUAGCCAAUCAGCAAGUAUAUAGAUAUGAGGAAAAUCAGGCAGAGUCCAAAUUUUACUGUUAAAAAGUACCAAGAAUCUAUAUAUAUUGGAGAAGAGGAUAAAACUAAUCUGAAUAGAGAGGGUUUAGGCAUAAUGAUAUACAAGAGUGGCAGAGUAUAUGAAGGUCCAUGGGUAUCUGACUAUAGAUAAGGCUAGGGAUUUGAGAAAUAUUAAAAUAGCAAUACCUAUGAGGGCAAUUUUCACAGAGGUAAACCAGAAGGAAAAGGAAUCUAUAGAUGGUUAAAUAACGACACUUAUGAAGGAGAAUGGUACCAAGGGCUAAAGCACGGAUAUGGAGUUUGGGUUGGAAAGAAAGGAGAUUCCUACAUUGGUGAAUGGAGAAACUCCAAGGUUGAGGGCUAUGGCAUUCAUAUUUACAAGAAUGGCGAUCGAUAUGAAGGUGAAUGGAAGGGUUGUUUAAAGCAUGGAAAAGGAGUAGAGCUGUUUGCAAAUGGAGAAGUAUUCAUUGGCUACUAUAAGCAGGGCAGAUUUGAAGGAUAUGGUUAGUACAUGCUGAAUGAUGGUUCAAUCUAUGAGGGAGAUUUCUAAGUAGGAAUGAAAAGUGGACAUGGGAGAUGGAGAAGAUAAAAAGAUGAUCUUUAAAGCAACACCUAUGAAGGCCAAUAUGUAAGCGAUAAAAAGCAUGGCUACGGCACUUUCAAAUGGGGUAAGAGUGGAAAUAUAUUCAAAGGAGAGUACAGGAAUGAUGACAGAGAAGGCUUUGGGGAGAUGAAAUGGAUAGAUGGUUCAUUUUACAUUGGAUAGUGGGAGAAAGGUAUUCAGCAUGGAUACGGUAGAAUAGUAUUCCCAGAUGGAACGACGAAAGAAGGCUACUUUGAGAAUAACAUAUUCAGAGGAGCUAUGCCCCCAGCUUACCACAUUAGUGAAAACAGUAUGUAUAAAAGAGAUAUAAAUACCAAUAAUCUUGAAGCGAAUUCUAACCAAUUGUCAAAAAGAAAUUAAGCUCCAAUUGAUCUGAAUAAUGCCUAUACUUAGACUUUAGGUUUUGUAAUGAAAACUUAAGAGAAGAUAAGAAGAGCUAAUACAGUGACAUAAAUGUAGCCAAGACGCUAGGAUUCCUCUACUUCCUAGAAUAGACUUAAAUUCCAAGAGGUUUCAAGUCCUAUGAAUCAUUAUAACAUUACCCAGGGUAUGAGCAGGAAAUCUGUUAUGGAUAUAAAGAACCCUAUUACUGAUGACAGUUUCGGAAAUAGCACUUAGAAGUUAAAGUUAUUUAGCCAAAGCAGUACAAUCAAAUUAAAUGAAGUAAAAAAGAGAUCACUCUCUCCCAGGAAUAAAUGA